AUGCCUGAGCCUCUGCCCUACCCGACCAUCCCUGCCAUCGACGGGUACCUCAACUCCGCCAACAUCGAAAGGCUCGAUGGACGGAUCGUCAUGGCUACUGUCGGAUUCUUGCGCCGCACCGGCGACAUCGCCCACUGCUUCCUACCAAGCAAUGGCUUCUACCCCAUCAGUGUUCAUCUCCGUCCCGGCACUGUCAUUCCCCCCGGCGUCCACUAUCUCCAGUUCUGGGGACCAGUCGUGUCUCCUCAUCGAUUGGACCAUCGGCGCAUGCGCGAGCUCGACCAUCCCUUCGAGUCCAUCUCUAUGCGCCGCUUGAGCGAGGAUAUCGACAGAGCCACCCACCCCGCCGCCAUGCACCUCAUCGCCGAACUCCACCCCUCCGUCUGGUCACUCAUGGACCGCAUCCACAAUCCACCCCGCACCGAUCUCGAACCCUUCCAGCCCGACACAACGUACGAGCCUCAUGACCCAUUUGACGAUAGCGACUUGGAGAUUCCCUAUCUCCCGUUCAUCUACCGCUUCGUCUUCUCCCCCGUCGACCCCCUCGCCUCCGAUCGCCUCCAGCUUCGUCGCCUUGCACUCUUCCACCUCACCAUAGGCAGUAACCUCCCUAUCUGGGAGAACGAGCCCGGCCACAGCAACGACAACUCUGGCGACCACUCACGCGCGCACCAGGGCCUGGAGUCACGCGUGGAGUCAGGUGACGACUCGGGUGACGACUCGGGUGACGACUCCGACGUCGACAUCCCCGAGUUCCCAUCCGAUGACAGGGAGGACUGGUGA